UUUGUUGCAGUUAUUAUACUAAUGUGCUGCUAUUUGACGAUAUUAGGUUUGUAUUUUAUAAUAUUUGAUAAGUAUUUGGUAGUACUGGGUUAUGAUUUGCUUGUUUUGGGUGAUAUAGAGAGGCAAAUGAAACAGCCAGACAUCGGACCAACAUUUGAAGACCAUUCGGACCAAGCUUAGAAGACCAUUCGGACCAAUAAUAGAAGACAAUUCGCACCAAGACAAGUACGUCACCACUAAGACAGAAGACCACUCCGAACAAGACCACUCGGGCCAAGACAGAAGCCCAUUUGGACCAAGACCACUCAGACCUUGAUUAGAAGACCACUCGGACCAAGAUAAGAAGACCACUCAGGCCGAGAUUAGAAGAGCAUUGGGACUAAGAUAAGAAGAUCACUCGGGCCGAGAUUAGAAGAGCAUCCCGACCACGAUUAGAAGACCACUCGGGCCAAAUUAAAAUAAACGACUACUCAAUAUAUUGUUAUUUAUUUAUUUAAAAGACCAAUUGUUGAUCAGCCAUGCACCCAAGUAAUGUUUUCUUGAAUUUUUGUUGUUGAUGGCCUUCAUCGUCAAGGCUCUCUCAGUCAUGCUUAAAUUAAAGAGGCAUCAACCCCUAAAGUGGAGACCAUGUGUUGGUACUUGAUAACUGUCCUAUAGCCAGUUUUGUAGUAUUUCAAUUGAUAGGUUCACAAGAUGGUCUGGUACGAAGACAAUAAUAAUACUAUAGUUGCAGUUCUUAUGUCUAUGAUUCAUUCAAUGAUGAUACUUGUUGGUGGCAAACAUUUGUUUCAACCCAAUUGAUCUAUCCUGAUCUAGGCUUAGAACUUUUCAGACCGUCAUCAUAUCAUAAACUUAUAAUACAACUCAACCUAAUAUUUUGGUUAACAAAUAUUAUCUUUAUUAUAUUUUACGGGUAAGUAUUUUUGCAUAUUUGAUUUAACCGAUGAAUGUUUUUGAAAAAGGCCAACUCAAACCACGUAAGAAAAUAUUAACGUUUAUAACGUGAUUAUUAAAAGGCCCUACCAAACGAUAAUACAUUGAUAGAAAGAAAAGACGAAAAAAUGAAAAACUUAUUUAAAAUUCUUAUUUCGCUUAAAGAUACUUUCUCAGAAAACUUUUUAUCGGGUAGUUAUUUCCAAUAAAAGUAUGGCAAUUGUGGCAUAUAUGGAAAGUAGAAACAUCAAAUCUUACUAGAAAAAUACUGGAUUUCCUGAAAAACACCCAUGGAGCGCAUACGGGACAAAAAAAGAAGGGUUUCCCUAAUCAGCAACCCGGGUGACGUCAAAGGUUGAACGCGAAGAUUGUCGGAUCUCUCAGCGUUAGUGAGCGCUUGAUGUAUAUGUUGAUAAACUUGAUGGUGAGCGGACUAGUAAAAAGUGAGAAACUUAAACGUACAACAUUUUCUGAGAUAAAAAUCGCGGGAAAAGACGUGGACAGUGGAUAAUCCGAGAAUUUAAUUAGGCUUCAAUAUUUAUGAUAAAUGGACAGCGAUUAAAGACAACAUCGUCUGUAUAUGCGAUGAAUCCUCCUGGAUUCUUACCCAUUGCUUUGGUACCGCGUCAGUCAAGUUACGUGACAAAUUUUAAUAGAUUUUUAAAUCUUAGGGUAUUUUGACACGCAUUCCACGACAAGCUUGCAAUAAAAGGCAGUACAAAUCGAUAAAUAUAGUACAAUGUUAACGUUCUCUUGUUUAUCCAAAUUCGGAAUUUGAUUAAAACUUAUAUCAGUUCAAAUAGCCACCUUGUUUAAACUUCCAUGUCUUAGAUGGAGUUUAAUUUAAAAACCAACAUUUUUGUUUGUAAUUGUUUAAACUUACAUGUUUUAGGUGAAGUUUAAUAUAAAAACAAAAUUCUAAAACGUUGUUUUUAUUCGUAAAACUGAUUUAAAUUUUGUGAUUUUUGUUAAUCUGCUGGAUUAAAUAUACAUAGUUAUUAUUCAAAUUUGAAAUAAAAAGAUUGAGAUAUAGUUGACCAUUACAUAAUAUUUGACUUUUGUCAGAUAUAUAAUAUUCAAAUUUGCGAUAAAAGGAUUGAAAUCAGUGAUGGGAUUUCAAAAAAAUUAUUGUCGGACAUUUUUUCCCGAAAAUAAAGGGGCAUAACUCUUAUCGUAAUUUAAGCAGACGUUUUCAAAACACAAUAAAGAAUCACGUGUCAACAAGAUAUAUUCAAAUUCAUAUGUAAAAAAAAUAGGUGCACCUCGUUAUAUUUCAUGUUUAAAACCCGUACGGUAUUCAAAUUUAUGUCAAUAAUAUUCCUACAAAAUUACAUGACAUCAAUACUAUAGAAUGGCAGCGUGCCGACUGCUGCCGAUCUGUUUCAAACUCCCCCAAAAUUACCGUAUUUUUCGGGUCAUACGUCGGUACAUUUUUCAGCAAAGUCCGACAUUCGUCUGAUACUCCGUUUCGAUUUAUAUAUGGAAGGUAAAAAAAUGACAUCCCAAAAUUUAUUUGGCCGUAAACCGUAGUUAACGACGCUCUAAUACAACGAGCGUGCGACACCAACUGCUAAAUAAUUGCAUUCGACUGUAGCAUGCGCUAUCGUCUAAAACAAUUAACUACUCACGUCAUUCCAAUCGAAAUUUUCGUCAACAUUUCUUAGCGUUAAAUGCGUGUGUGUGAAAUAUCUUUAUUUAACUUAGGCUACCACCGAAAAUAUAUCACAGACAAGUUAUUGGAUACAAUGUCUGUUGAUUUGAGGUGUUAUAUACUAUCAGGAUAUGUGACAUAUAUGACUAAUUUCUACGUGUUAUUGUCCAACAUAAAGGAGAUUAAAACGUGAGACAAUGGACAAAUCAAAGGUUAAUCAGAUUAAGUUUAUAAUCACUCUUAUUGGAUUGAUAUAUCGUCCGACAAAGGAGAAGCAAUGACAUCUGUUCAGGAUUGAUUUGAUGAAUUGUCCGACAAAGGAUUAAGUCAGCCAAUCAAGGCAGAAUAGUAGUUAAUCAAGGUAGGUGUGUAGACGACAUAACACAAUAAAUAGUCGAUCACUUAAUUACCUAAUCAAUCCAGCCUAUUAUCAAUGAUAAACGGGUUGCACGGUAGUUAUACACUCAGUACACUAUAUUAAUUUUGGAAUUUGAAUAUUAUUCACCAUGUCUUGAUGUCCGAUUGGGCAUAUUCCCGGUCGGACAAUUUUGGGCGUUUUGAAAAAAGAUUCAGACAAGUCCGGAAUAUACGGGUAAAAUCCCAUCACUGAUUGAAAUAUAGUUGUCCAUUACAUAAUAAUAUUUGAAAUGUAAUCUUUCAGUUACUCAUUACUUAUUAAUGUCCUAUUAUCCAUUAGAUUUCCAAUACUUCAAACUGUGUAAUGAUUAUAUUUCAUUUCCACUGACAUCACAAUUAACCCUGGCCUGUUCUACAUACUGCAGUGUCAAAGAUACCUUUUUGCAAAUUGUUGAGUGUUCAAAUGAAAACAAAAUCAGAUCAAUAAAUUGUUAAAUAACAUUGGUAUUUAAUCUAGUUCCGCUGGUAUUAUGAAACACUUUUGUAGUCAAUUACUAACUUACCACAGUUCAUUUUGUAAUUGAAUCAUUUUAUAUUGAAGAUGACCCCAGCCAUGAUACAAUGGUACAGACAGAUCAAAGUGACAGAAUAAAAACAGAAACAGACACUGAAAAUAAAGCGAAUACCAAUAUUGAAGAAGCGGCUAAACCUGAUACAUCUGAUGACCCCAGCCAUGAUACAAUGGUACAGACAGAUCAAAGUGACAGAAUAAAAACAGAAACAGACACUGAAAAUAAAGCGAAUACCAAUAUUGAAGAAGCGGCUAAACCCGAUAUAUCUGAUACGGAUGAUACAGAUCACUUACUAAUAGAUGAAGAAAGCAAAGGGAUGACAAUUCCAGAUACUGAUGAAGAAAGCAAAGGGAUGACAAUUCCAGAUGAUGUUAAAUAUAGUCAGACAUCUAUACAAAACAAUAUGGCCACCACCAUCACAUCAACAACUCCAUUAUUAAACCAACCAUUUGUUACACAAGAUGUAAAAACAACUAACUAUAAUAAAACAACCGACAACAAUAAAAUGGACUGGGAAUCAAUACGUAGAACUUGUGAAUAUGGUACACUUGAUGAUGUCAACACUUUAAUACAUCAAAAUAUCGAUUUAAAUAUUCCUGUCGAUGAUUAUAAUAGGACACCAGUAUUUUAUUGUGUAUGGUCUAACAAACAGCCGUUAGAUAAGAUACAGUUACUCUUCUCUGCCGGUGCCAUGUUACAUCUUAAGACUCGUUAUGGUCGUAGUUUAUUACACUGGGCGUGUCAGUAUGGUACAAUAGACUGUGUAAGAUAUUUAUUGGAACAAGGACUUCAUACAAAUGAUAGGGAUGAUUAUAAUAAGACACCAGUAUUUGAUUGUCUUAGGUCUAUCAAACAGCCGUUAGAUAAGAUACAGUUACUCUUCUCUGCCGGUGCCAUGUUAGAUGUUAAGAAUGAUGGUGGUAGUUUAUUAGACCAUGCUCGUGUGUUAGGUAAAAUAGAAUGUGUAUCAUAUUUACGUGAAUUAGGCCUUGAUAAAUAGAAUAUAAAUGUCAAGUGUCGUGAUUAUGGUAGUUUAUUAGACUGGACUCGUCGGUGGCGUAAAUCAAAAUGUGUAUCAUAUUUAUUUUAAAUAGGCCUUGAUAAAUAGAAUAUAAAUAAUCAUACAACAUCUUUAUUUUACUUGUUAAUAAUUCUGUUAGAACUAAAUGAUGAAGAUGUUUUAUUUUGAUGUAAAUUUUUAAAUUUUGUUAUAAACCAUUUUCUGUCAAUCAACAACAUUCUGUACACAGACUGGCUACCUGUCAGCCAUUAAAACUAGUAACACGUCAUUACAAGUUUUUACAACGUCAUUGGUUAUUACGUCACAAGUCAAUAGGUCACGUUAAAUCUAUUUAUAAACAAAUUGAAAGUAGUAUUACCAGGUUGAAUAACAGGAAUAGAAAAUCAACUGAUGUGAUGUUUUGGUGGUCAUCAAAGUCAACUUUAACCCAAUAUUGUUUUAAAUAACAACACAAUGAAUUAUAUUAACCAAGAGAUAUGAUUGGAGAGGAAUAGAAUAAUAUUUGAAAUGAUGUUGAAAGAAUAUAUUUACUAUAGAAGAGCUGCUGUAUUCGAACAUAAACCGUCAUUAAAAGUUGUUUGUGAUUAUUUGAUACGUGAUUGUGUCAAGAGAUAUCCACUAGAAAACUGUCCACUGUUUUAGCUGAAGAUCCUGAGAAUCAAUUGAAAGGUCGUAAAAAUCAGAUAGAGAGAGUUUAUUGUGGUCAUCUGUUUCAUAAUGGUUGUUUAGAUACGUACAUGAAAACACCUUCAUUUAUAGGAGGUAAAAAAUGUCCUUCCUGUGAUAAACGAAUGAAAAAUGGAAAGUGUCAGCUGAAGUAAUGGAGAAUAGAUGUGCACAUAAACAAGCUAAACAAAGAGAACUAGAAGAAGUUGUAGAUUUCUUUAAAAAAUUGAAAUAAUUUAAAAUAUACCUCUACUUUUGUAGAUAAACAUACCAAAUAUGUAUAUUCCACAAUCUUGGCUUCAAAUUUACAAAAAUAUUUAUUUACAUUGUAUUCAAUGUCUGACAUUUGAGAUAUUGAGGAAUCCUUUACAAACUACAAUAUUGUAAAAAUUGAAUCUCUGGAAGGCGUGUCAGUAUAAAAAUAUUCUGUUGAGUAUUUUACAAAGAUAUGAUAAAUUAAAAACGUGUCAAUAUUCGGAAUCUUCUACAGAUGAUAUAAAUGGGGUAUGAUCAAAAGUCAAGGCCACCUGUAAUCUUCUGUUUUAUCCGACUUGGGAGAUUUUCUAACGUUAAUUUUUCUUUCUUAAAUAUGCAAUAUAUUGUAAUAUAUAGAAUCCGGUCUUUUAUAUAGGCCUAUUGUAAUAUUUGAUAUAAAACUUACAAGUUCUACUUACUUGUUAGCCUCCAUCUUGUGUCACGUCCAUCUUAGCACCGACUUCUCAGAUUGUUACAUAUAUUUCUAUUUGAUCAUUGUUAACACUAGUAUUUCAUCUUGGUUGUUAUAAUAAUUAUGUUUUAUAACCAGAGUCCAGCUAUGUGGUUUUUACUGCGAGAACUUCGCUUUUCCACAUUAAACAAUGGAUUCUUUUUCCCACAGGGUUUUUUUUCAAUCCGCUGCGAUGGCAUCAAACAGCUGGAUCUCCUAUUUUAACUUGUUUUAAUUAUGACAGCGAUGUUAAAACUGUGUUUUAAAGUGACUUUUAGAUAUACAAGAACUUUUUAUUAUUUAGUGUUUUUACCUAUUUUCUAUAUAUUACUCAUUCACAUGUAAAUAACUUAAUUAAACCAACCUGUCCAUUAAAUAUCGUGCAAUAAACAACAAUGUCCUAAGGGCAGAUAACUGUUCGUUGUAUUAAUAUGUAACCAAGAGAUAAAACCGAAACUUUUUAACAACUAAGGUAUAUUCACAACCUUUUAACUAAUUAGAAAGGUGAGAAUCGUGGCCGUGAUGGAACUUGGUCAUACAUGUUAAUGUUACAAAUGUCAUCAUUAAUCGGCAGAAUAUGCCGCCAUUUUCACCGGGUUAACCAAUGUGCGACGUCAAGGACGUUAAGGGUUUGUGAACGUUAUCUUCCAUAUUUAAUAUAUUAUAGAAUGAUUUACUAACUGUAUUUUAUUGUUAUUCAUGUCAUGACAUAACCUUGAAAUAAAGGAACGGGCAUAUUGAACGUAUUAUUAGUCUUAGUCGUUAGACAUUGAAGGAGGAAAACAACAGAAUAUAAGACGCCAGCUCGGAGAUCCUGACAAGUCCAGCUAUUUGGCUAUCCCACUCUCCCAUCCCCACAUUUAUUUUAUAGUAGACAUCGAUACGGACAGGGUGUCGAUAACCUUACAAUAUAAGAUUUAGAUAAAGAGCUGACAGUUCUUGCUAUAAUAGUUCUUGUUGCUUAUGGUGGGCCUAUAGGAGGCGUGAUUCAAGCUCCUGUCUGUUUUAAAAAUAUUUUUUAUCAUUUUUAUACUCAUCUCAUAAAUUAUAAAUAUUAUUUAUUAGUUAAUAAACAAUUAAAUAUUGUU